CUUAUUCAUUAUUCACAACUUCAUUAAUUAACUAAUUACUUCCCAAACCAACUACUUUCAUAUAUACACCCCCCAUAUUCCAAAUCAAUGGCUGAUAUUGAAGGAUCACCAGGAAGCUCCAUGCAUGGAGUAACAGGUCGAGAACAAACCUUCAUAUCAUCAGUCACUUCCCCAACGGUUCCAACUGACACAACAGCCAAAUUCGCAUUACCAGUUGAUUCAGAACACAAAUCCAAAGUUUUCAAACUCUUCUCACUAGCAAACCCUCACAUGAGAACCUUCCAUUUAUCAUGGAUAUCUUUUUUCACAUGCUUCGUCUCGACUUUCGCCGCGGCGCCAUUAGUCCCCAUCAUUCGCGACAACCUGAACCUAACCAAAGCCGACGUUGGAAACGCCGGCGUGGCUUCGGUUUCAGGUAGUAUUUUCUCGAGACUAAUAAUGGGUGCAGUUUGUGACCUUUUAGGUCCACGUUACGGUUGUGCUUUCCUUAUUAUGCUCUCUGCUCCAACUGUUUUCUGCAUGUCAUUUGUGAAUGAUGCUGCUGGUUACAUAGCAGUUAGGUUCAUGAUUGGUUUUUCUUUGGCAACAUUUGUUUCUUGUCAAUAUUGGAUGAGUACUAUGUUUAAUAGUAAGAUUAUUGGGUUGGUUAAUGGGACUGCUGCUGGUUGGGGUAAUAUGGGUGGUGGGGCCACUCAACUUAUAAUGCCUUUGGUUUAUGAGUUGAUUAGAAGAGCUGGUGCUACUCCUUUUACUGCUUGGAGAAUUGCCUUUUUUAUCCCUGGUUGGUUGCAUGUUAUUAUGGGGAUUUUGGUCUUAACAUUAGGACAGGAUUUGCCUGAUGGUAACCUUGCUGCCUUGCAGAAGAAGGGUAAUGUUGCUAAAGACAAGUUCACAAAGGUGUUAUGGUAUGCCAUAACAAAUUACAGGACAUGGGUUUUUGCUCUCCUAUAUGGUUACUCUAUGGGAGUUGAAUUAACCACUGAUAAUGUCAUUGCUGAGUAUUUCUAUGACAGGUUUAAUUUGAAGCUACACACAGCUGGAGUCAUUGCAGCAUCAUUCGGAAUGGCGAACCUAGUCGCUCGCCCUUUCGGCGGCUACGCAUCAGACGCAGCCGCUAGAUUAUUCGGCAUGAGAGGAAGACUAUGGACACUAUGGAUCCUCCAAACCCUGGGAGGAGUUUUCUGCAUAUGGUUAGGCCGUGCAAAUACACUUCCAAUAGCAGUAGUAUCCAUGAUCCUGUUCUCUGUUGGAGCACAAGCAGCAUGUGGUGCAACAUUUGGCAUAAUUCCUUUCAUUUCAAGAAGGUCUUUAGGGAUUAUAUCAGGUUUAACUGGUGCAGGUGGUAACUUUGGUUCUGGAGUAACACAGUUAGUGUUUUUUUCAAGCUCAAAAUUCUCAACUUCAACUGGUCUUUCUUGGAUGGGUGCAAUGAUUGUAGCUUGCACUCUUCCUGUUACACUUGUUCAUUUUCCACAGUGGGGUAGCAUGUUUUGUCCUCCUUCAAAAGAAGUGAGUGAGGAACAUUAUUAUACUUCUGAAUGGAAUGAGGAAGAGGUGCAGAAAGGGUUGCAUCAGUCCAGUUUGAAGUUUGCAGAGAAUAGUCGUUCUGAGAGAGGGAAACGUGUAGCUUCUGCUGCAUCACCGCCGGAUACAACUCCUAGCCACUACUAAUAUAGUUUUCAAUUACCACCAUGCAGUUAAUGUGGCAGUUACGGUGAAAAACUUAUACAGUUAAAAUUGCACUUGUGAUAUAGUCGUAGAGACUUCAAAAUCCGCAAUAAUGUGAUAAAUUGAAGGUAUAGACCGUAAUUUCAAAGUAUGACCGGUAAUUAGUCCACACUUUCUUGUUUAAGUUCAAGGGCUAAUGGAUUGCUCUAUUUGAAUAAAUUAAGUUUUUGUUUUUUCAACAAAAAUGAUAAAAUGUUAAAAGGAAUUAAAUAUAUUGGUGUAAUGUUUUACACCAUUGAAAUUCCUGCUUAGGAUUUGGUGUAUUUUCUUCUUAAUUAAGUGAACCCUUACUUUAAAUAUAUAAUAAAGUAAGAUAUGAUCUGUAAUGUAUGUGUAUGUUAUAUAAAUAAUAGAUUAUUUUCAUACAGUAUUGAAA